AUGGGAGAGGGCCCAUUUGCCUUCGCCACCAGUGAGUUCCCCGAGUUGGUCACCACAGAGAGCGCCGCCCCAACCGAUAUUCGCCCCCUCUCUGGAGUGUCAGUUCGGCGCUGGCACCUUUCCCAGAUCGGUGCCCCGCAGCCCAGCGAGACAAUGAUGCCGCACGCCGCCCGCAAGGAGACGGUCAUACUCUGGCGGUCGUACAUCGCCCAGCGGGAGCGGGAAGUGCCUGACUGGCUGAAGAAGUGGCUGGCCUUCUACGGCCCGUACGGUCUUCGCUUGUUGACUGAGACCCAGUUCGAGGCCGUCACCAGUCUCAGUCUCGAGCGCCUGCAUGAAGUCUUCAGAGCUGCAAUGCAUGGGCAGUGUUCUGGAGGAGCUGGUCUGGGUACACAUCAGCAGCGGCAGGGCGCUUCUGGAUUUUUGGGACCAGACAGUCGCCGGGAGGAUCAGUAA